AUGGGAAUCCGCCUCCCGGCUCACUGGGUCUUCCGAGUACAGCUGACUGAAGGGCCCCUGCGCUGGUACAGCGACCCAGGCCUGGCAGGGGUGUUCCUGGGGCCCGGCCUGAGCUACGACCAGCACUCGCGGGAGCUGAUGGUGGCAGAGCCUGGCGUCUACUAUGUUUUCUUGCACCUGAAGCUGCAACGGGUGGUAUCCAGCUUCGGCUCCGGCUCUGUCUCCGUUGCCCUGCACCUGCAGCCCCUGGGCGCUGGGGCUGCGGCCCUGGCCCUGACCUUGGACCUGCCGCCUCCAUCCUCCAAAGCCCCGGACUCCGCCUCUGGUUUCCGAAGCAGCCUGCUGCACCUGGGCGCAGGCCAGCGCCUGGGCGUUCACCUGCGCGCAGAGGCGGGGGCACACCUUGCCUGGCAGCUUGCGCAGGGCGCCACGAUCUUGGGCCUCUUCCGAGUGGCCACCAAAGUCCCUGCUGGACUCUCCCUGCCGCCAUGGCCCAUUGACACUGGGCCCGGGUACCCCCCGCCGGACAGAGAAUGA